GACAAAUACCCGCUCACGUUUCCGCAUGCCGAGCAGAACACGAAAGAGGGCGAAUAAUCGAGCUGAAGCUCGUCCAACCAGAUCCAGCGCCUUUAGAAGAGGAAGUUACCUCCACCGAGGAGGUGCACGGAACAUUGCAGAGCUUUCCUCGGAACCUAUUCUGCACCGCGGGGCGCCCUUAGUUCUCGUCCAUUUUUCCAGAAAUCGCGUCAGUUUUGUCGAAUUAUUACCAAGAGUAACCUCGCCUUGUUGUGGGUGCCACACGAGGAGGAGAGGGCACAAGUUUUCCGCUGCCUUGUUUUCCCUCGUCUCCGCGGAGCUACUUAAAUCCGCAGGAAUGUCGCAGGAGAGACCCACUUUUUACCGGCAGGAGCUCAACAAAACAAUGUGGGAGGUCCCGGAGCGGUACCAGAACCUGUCUCCCGUCGGGUCUGGUGCCUAUGGUUCUGUUUGUUCAGCAUUUGACAUGAAGACGAGCCUGAAAGUAGCAGUGAAGAAGUUGUCCAGACCUUUCCAAUCCAUCAUCCAUGCGAAGAGAACCUACAGAGAGCUGCGGCUGCUUAAACAUAUGAAGCACGAGAAUGUGAUCGGUCUGUUAGAUGUUUUCACACCUGCAACAAGCUUAGAAGAGUUCACCGAUGUCUACUUGGUGACCCAUUUAAUGGGGGCGGACCUCAACAACAUCGUAAAGUGUCAGAAGCUGACGGAUGACCAUGUCCAGUUCCUCAUCUACCAGAUUCUCAGAGGCCUAAAGAACAUCCAUUCUGCAGACAUCAUCCACAGAGACUUGAAGCCCAGCAAUCUGGCUGUAAAUGAAGAUUGUGAAUUGAAGAUCCUGGAUUUUGGUUUGGCCCGACAUACGGAUGAUGAAAUGACUGGCUAUGUGGCCACUCGGUGGUACCGAGCCCCAGAGAUCAUGCUGAAUUGGAUGCACUACAACAUGACAGUGGACAUCUGGUCGGUGGGCUGCAUCAUGGCUGAACUUCUCACCGGACGAACACUAUUCCCCGGCACUGAUCACAUUGAUGAAUUGAAGCUUAUAAUGCUGCUCGUCGGAACCCCGGGGCCCGAGCUCUUAAUGAAAAUCUCCUCGGAGUCUGCAAGGAACUAUAUCAACUCACUUGCCCACAUGCCCAAGAGAAACUUUGCAGAUGUAUUCAUAGGUGCCAAUCCUCUUGCUGUGGACCUGCUGGAGAAAAUGCUGGUGCUGGACACGGACAAACGGAUCACGGCAUCCGAAGCGCUUGCUCACCCUUACUUUGCUCAGUACCACGAUCCAGAUGACGAGCCUGAAGCGGAGCCUUAUGACCAGAGCUUUGAAAGCCGCGAGUUGGAAAUUGAGGAGUGGAAGAGGUUAACCUAUGAAGAGGUGGUCAGCUUUGAGCCGCCAUCGUUCGACAGGGACGAGAUGGAAUCAUGAGGAAGAGUAGAAGCAUCCAUCCUUAAAUGGAAACACACUUAAAAAAACAAAACAAGAAAAUCUGUGUGUGUGACUUGGCCAGACUUUCCAAACACCCUCAACAUCACCACAAUGUUCAAGUGCCUGCCAUCUUUAAAUCUCUGGGGGGGGUAAUUUUCAGGGACUGAACUUGACUGUGUGUUUCUACGAUCAUUCAUAUUGCAGGUUUCUUUUUUUUCUAUCCUAACUAAUAAUUUAGUUAGAUUAGCAGCUGGCAUUGUGUUCUUGAUAUUGUGAGCAAAUUGGAGCAACUUCUAUUUAGUUGAUAAUGAAAGUAAUAAUAAACAAGCAGGAUUGAGAUGUUUUAAGGAGAUAUUUAUCAAAUGUAUCCUCUUCCUCUUUCAAAUUGCAUAUUUUUGUACAUAGUCGUGUUUUAGAUUGACAACAAAAGCAGUGUUUGUAUACAACUGAUUCAGCCAGGCCAGUAAUCAUAUUGGACACGCAGUAUGAAUGAUGUCUUGAGGUAUGAAAGAUUUGUUAUUUAAUAAAUAAAGUGUGUAUGACACAACUCUUCAGUAUAUGUUACAGUCGAGGCUUUGUUUUUAUAAUUGGAUUCAGUUCCUCGAUGUUUCUUCUCUACGACCCUGAGAUGUUUGUUUUCUGUGUGCCUCGAUUAUUCCCACUCUUAUCUCCUGUUAGCACUUUAGUUUCUGUACAUUCUUUCCGCAUCCACUCACAUCCAGCAGGACCACUAUAGUGUGAUAUUUCUUGAUGUUUUAAAUGUUAUCCAUCACAACAUGAGCUGGCAGUGUACUUUGAUCAUAUUGCGUUUAUAAAUCACAAGUGUUCAAAGAAUGUUUUGUGGAUGUCAGGCUGUCUUAUAUUUAUAUUAUCUGUUUUGUAUAUUGAUGUUGAAGAAUGUUAUUUGUUAAAAAAUAAGACAAAACAUUAAGCCUUCAGUUCAUUAUUUAUGGAGAGCUAUCCUUGACCAGAAACCAAAGGUAUUAUCUGCUAAUUAAAGUUCUGAUGACUGCAGUUACACCUUGUAUCAGACCAAAAUGGGAAAAUUAAGACAAUCCCGCCAGUGUUUUAGUAGCACGUACAUUCACUGACUGUAUUGCCAGAAUGCACUGCCACACACUGUAUUUUUAAUACAAUGCCCAUUGAAAUUAUAUCCAGAACUGUCAGAUUGAGAUGAUUUGCCAGCAAAAUCAGAAACAUUCUGACAGUUGGCUGAGUGAGCUGUUUUCAGAAUCUAGUCAGGUUUAGACAUACACAUCCUGUCUUUGUUUCAUUGGCAAAUACUUGUUUUCAUAUAUAGGGCUUUUUCACAUUUCAACGUCUUAUUACUUGUG